UUGGCAUAUGCACUUGCAGAUUGUUAGUUCUGUUUUUUGUACUUUGAAAUUUUAAUGUUUUUGUAGUAAAAUCCAUCACAACCGAAAUUGGUUUUGUAGUAUUUUUUGUAACAGUGUGCGCACUCCAUGAGCAUCAAAAACCAUUAAGUUCGCGUGUGUCUUUUAGCUCCGCAAAUUUUCCACCCUUAAUUUAUUUUUGUGUAUAUCUACAAACCGUAAAAUGGCUGAAAGUAAUGGUGAAAUGACCGAAGACGAUAUAAUCAUCAAUGAUCAGGAUGGUCUCCCAAACGUACACCCAAAUCUUCUCGCCGAAGCCGAUAUGGACAGUCCGGAACAUGUGACGGACGACGAAUUCGAAGAUUUGCCGACUUCUUUGAUCGUCACCAACAUCCACGACAGCGUAUUUACAAUACCCGACCGAAAACGUGAAAUGGAAAACCUCUUUCGGAACUAUGACCCGGAAGUCACGUUCCAGUGGCUUCGCAGUUUUAGAAGACUGAGAGUCAACUUCCAGACAGCGGUGGCUGCGGCCAGCGCCCGCAUCCAGCUUCACCAGUAUAAAAUCAACGAUUCGGUAAUCACCUGUUAUUUUGCUCAACCCGUUACACCUGUCAAGAACAGCAGUCUGCAACCACCAGCGCCCUUCAAGCAGUUCCUAAUUUCCCCACCUGCUUCACCCCCACUCGACUGGGAACCCCGGCCUGAAGGUGAGCCUAUAAUCAACCAUGAUCUUCUCGCAGCGUUGGCCACUCUAACUCCCGGUGCAUCACACGAGUUGCACCCUCCGUCUCCAGGGCAGCCCAGCAUUGUCGUUCAUACUGCCCUUGGAGCAAAUAAUGCCGGAUCUAAGCCUAGAUUUGCACACACUGCUUGCCCGGAACGGAGUUAAUUCUUGUUCUGGGGUGUAUAUAAUGAAUAAGAUAUCCUUGGAGGUUUUGAUGAUUGUUUAACCAAAUGAAACGAUUUGGAAUAUUUUUUUAAGACGUCUGAACUUCAGAGCCUCUGACAGUCAAUUUCUCUUUCUCUCUCAGUGUAGAUCUGUCUCAUUUAUCAGAAUAUCACAAGUUCUCUUUGUGUAACUGAAUGUUGAAUCGCUAUGAAAGUUGUUGAUAUGUUGGUUGUAAUAAUGUAUAAUUAAACUCAAUGUGAUAAUAAAAGUGUUGCUAAACUAAACAUUUCCUAAAGUACUCUAAUAACAAUUUGAUUUCUCUCUUUAGCGUCAAUUGGAUUUAUCCACAUUAAAACCUCUGAGAUCAGAAUGUUGUGAUAUCUGGUUGUUGAAAACAGUGUUUUUUUAUUUAUUUCGCUAGAAGAGAGUACAUAUUUUUAAAUGGUUUAUUUUAACACUUGAUUCUUAAGCAGAGUUCAAAAAUUGCAAAACUAUUAAAAUCGUUGCGUAUAAAAAAUGACUGAUGUUUGUGACAACUUUUAGUUCUUUAUUAUGACUAUAGUUGAUAGAACUUGUGUAUAAUCCAUUAGUUUCGAUUUAUUGAUUUCAUUAUUCUUGUAAUGACACCACUUUUCACGAAAACACAAAAGUUUAACACCAAGUCGAUUUUCAUUGAAAGCUUGGGCUUUUCAAGAUAGUGGAUAGUUUGGCUUAGAAUUGUGGCAUAGAAUGCAAGUCAGAUUCCAAAAUAUUUCGCAAGCUUAUCAUAUGUUUGUAUUCAAAUAUACAGAUAUAUGCUCUUAAGAUACAGAGAGAUGUUAAAAUUUUGUGUUCAACAUACAUCUAACAUGAAUUCGCCAACAGGUGGGUUCGCAAGUGAAAAUUUCACGUUUAGCUUACUGUCUAAUAGAAGUGAUCAUAUUUUGUAUAAAAUUUUUUAUGUGUACAACGUUUUCAUUCAAGCUUUUUGUAAAUUUACGAAUAUCAAUAACAUCCAACAUCAUGGCAUUCUUCAUUAGAAUUUAGUCAAUAAGAAUGUAAUGGUAAAUAUGAUCAUCUAGUGUACUCAGUUAGACUUUAGACUCACUGUUGCAAAACUCCAGAACUUCCUUCUUUUAAUAUGACAACGAAUUUACUUUUUAGUUUUGUGCUAGUCUUAAUCUGUGAUUUCUUCUUUCACCAUAAAAUACGAGGUUAUUUUAGGUUAAUUAUAAGUAUUUAUGAAUUUCUUAUUCAGUUUUAGUUCUAAGUAAUUGGAUUUUUUACUUUCUUUCUGUAUUUUCGAACAUAGGCAAGUGGAAUUAAAGAUGUUUGUGUGGUAAAUGACAGUUGACUUCAUUUUUAAAAACUUACAUAUUAGGUGAAUUUAAGUUCAGCCAUCAGGAACUAAAAGAGUUCAGUAAAAUUUUCUUAUUUCUCUAAUGUAACAAAAAGUGGCAAAUACCGUAAUCAAAUGUUUAAAAUUAUUUCAUAUUACCGUCCCCAACACACGUAGAACCGUUGAUACGUAAGUUUUUUAUUGAAAGUGGUAAGUUUAGUAUUAUUAUGUACAUUGUUUAUAUAUAUAAUUUCAUUUAAAUGUUCAAAGGAUAAAGAAAGAAAGGAAUAAUAACAAUAUGUAAAAGGUACUAUGUACAGAGACCUAACCUAUUUUGUCUAGUUGAUACUUUGUUAGAUGUUUGCUCUUACAUGACUUUCUCGAAUUGUACACUCUGUACAAUUACCUUGAGCUUAAAUCCCCAAUAACAGUAAGGUAACAGAAGUAAUGUUAAUUUAUUCGUAGAUCAUUUGUGCUUACUUGUUGCGAUUUGAGCGCUUACCACAGAACAAUAGGUGAAUCGUUCACGUGUAAUUUGUAAAAGGAACAUUUUGAUUAUUUUGAUGAUACGAUAUACAUACAAAAGACGUUACAACAUGUAUCUAUGUGUAAAUAAAGUUAUUCGUUGAA